AUCAUAGUUGAUUAUGCAUGAGAGGAUCCAGACUGGAGAAAAGCCAUACAAAUACUCUGAAUGUAGCAAAACCUUUAGUCACAACAACUCCGUUUUGUUUCAUGGAAGACCCACACAGGACAGAAGCCCUAAAAGUGCUCCCAAUGCGAUAAAUGCUUUAGCAAGUAUGGCAACGUGGACUCACACCAAGGAGAAAUUGUUUGAAUGUCCUGAAUGUGGGAAAUGUUUCUGUGAUAAAUCCAGCCUGGUUACACACCAGAGAACUCACGCAGGAGAGAAACACUUUGAGUGUCCUGAUUGUGGGAAAAGUUUCAGUCAAAAUUCUCAUCUCGUUUUACACCAGAGCACUCACACAGGAGAGAAACCCUUUCAAUGUCCUGAUUGUGGUAAAAGUUUUAGUCAGACUUCCAACCUGUUGGGACACCAAAGGACUCACACAGGAGAGAAACCCUUUGAGUGUCCUAAUUGUGGAAAAAGUUUUAGUCGUCAUUCCAGCCUGGUUACACACCAAAGGACUCACACAGGAGAGAAACCCUUUGAGUGUCCUGAUUGUGGGAAAGGUUUCAAUACCAAUUCCAAGCUGGUGACACACCAGAGGGUUCAUACAGGAGAGAAACCCUUUGAGUGUCCUGAUUGUGGGAAAAGUUUCAAUACCAAUUCCAGUCUGGUGACACACCAGAGGGUUCACACAGGAGAGAAACCCUUUGAGUGCCCUGAUUGUGGGAAAAGCUUCAGUAACAAUUGUAACCUGGUGAUACAGAGGAGUCACACAGGCGAGAAACCCUUUGAGUGUCCUGAUUGUGGGAAAAGUUUCAGUCGAAAUUCUCAUCUCGUUUUACACCAGAGCACUCAUACAGGAGAGAAACCCUUUCAAUGUCCUGAUUGUGGGGAAAGUUUUAGUCAAAAUUUCAGCCUGGUGACACACCAGAGGACUCACACAGGAGAGAAACCCUUUGAAUGUUCUGAUUGUGGUAAAGGUUUUAGUCACAAUUCCAGCCUGGUGAAACACCAGAGGACUCACAAAGGAGAGAAACCCUUUCAAUGUCCUUAUUGUGGUAAAAGAUUUAGUCAGAAUUCCAACCUGUUGGCACACCAAAGGACUCACACAGGAGAGAAACCCUUUCAAUGUCCUGAUUGUGGUAAAAGAUUUAGUCAAAAUUUCAGCCUGGUGACACACCAGAGGACUCACACAGGAGAGAAACCCUUUGAAUGUUCUGAUUGUGGUAAAGGUUUUAGUCACAAUUCCAGCCUGGUGAAACACCAGAGGACUCACAAAGGAGAGAAACCCUUUCAAUGUCCUUAUUGUGGUAAAAGAUUUAGUCAGAAUUCCCACCUGUUGGCACACCAAAGGACUCACACAGGAGAGAAACCCUUUCAAUGUCCUGAUUGUGGUAAAAGAUUUAGUCAGAAUUCCAACCUGUUGGCACACCAAAGGACUCACACAGGAGAGAAACCCUUUCAAUGUCCUGAUUGUGGUAAAAGAUUUAGUCAGAAUUCCAACCUGUUGGCACACCAAAGGACUCACACAGGAGAGAAACCCUUUGAAUGUCCUGAUUGUGGUAAAAGUUUUAGUCACAAUUCCAACCUGGUGAAACACCAGAGAACUCACACAGGAGAAAAACCCUUUGAAUGUUCUGAUUGCGGAAAAAGUUUCAGUACCAAUUCCAGCCUGGUGACACACCAGAGAACUCACACAGGAGAGAAACCAUUUGAGUGUCCAGACUGUGGGAAAGAUUUCAGUAUUAGGACUACCCUUCUAAAUCAUCAGAGAACUCACACAGGAGAGAAACCGUUUGAAUGUCCUGAUUGUGGGAACUGUUUUAGUCAGAGAGGCAUCCUGGUGAGACACCAGAGGACUCACACAGGAGAGAAACCCUUUCAAUGUCCUGAUUGUGGAAAACGUUUUAGUCAUCAUUCCAGCCUGGUGACACACCAAAGGACUCACACAGGAGAGAAACCCUUUGAGUGUCCAGAUUGUGGGAAAAGUUUUAGUCACAAUGCCACCCUGGUGAAACACCAGAGGACUCACACAGGAGAGAAACCGUUUGAAUGUCCUGAUUGUGGGAAAAGUUUUAGUCGGAUUUCCAGCCUGGUGACACACCAAAGAACUCACACAGGAGAGAAACCCUUUGAGUGUCCUGAUUGUUGUAAAAGUUUUAGUCACUAUUCCAGCCUGGUGACACACCAAAGGACUCACACAGGAGAGAAACCCUUUGAGUGUCCUGAUUGUGGGAAAAGUUUUAGUCAUCAUUCCAGCCUGGUGACACACCAAAGGACUCACACAGGAGAAAAACCCUUUGAGUGUCCUGAUUGUGGGAAAAGCUUCAGUAACAAUUCUAACCUGGUGAUACACAGGAGGACUCACACAGGAGAGAAACCCUUUAAAUGUCCUGAUUGUGGAAAAAGUUUCAGUUCCAAUUCCAGCCUGGUGACACAUCAAAGGACUCACACAGGAGAUAAACCCUUUGAGUGUCGUGAUUGUGGUAAAAGUUUUAGUCUGAAUUCCAACCUGUUGGCACACCAAAGAACUCACACAGGAGAGAAACCCUUUGAGUGUCCUGAUUGUGGGAAAAGUUUUAGUCAUCAUUCCAGGCUGGUGACACACCAAGGAACUCACACAGGAGAGAAACCCUUUGAGUGUCCUGAUUGUGGUAAAAGUUUUAGUCACAAUUCCAGUCUGGUGACACACCAGAGGACUCACACCGGAGAGAAACCCUUUAAAUGUCCUGAUUGUGGGAAAAGUUUCAGUACCAAUUCCAGCCUGGUAAGACACCAGAGGACUCACACAGGAGAGAAACCCUUUCAAUGUCCUGAUUGUGGGAAAAGUUUCAGUACCAAUUCCAGCCUGGUGACACACCAAAGGACUCACACGGGGGAGAAACCCUUUCAAUGUCCUGAUUGUGGUAAACGUUUUAGUCUGAAUUCCAACCUGUUGGCACACCAGAGAACUCACACAGGAGAAAAACCCUUUGAAUGUUCUGAUUGCGGAAAAAGUUUCAGUGAGAAUUCCAGGCUGGUGACACACCAGAGAACUCACACAGGAGAGAAACCAUAUGAGUGUCCAGACUGUGGGAAAGAUUUCAGUAUUAAAUCCAGCCUGGUUACACACCAGAGAACUCACACAGUAGAGAAACCGCUUGAAUGUCCUGAUUGUGGGAAAUGUUUUAGUCAGAGAGGCAUCCUGUUGAGACACCAGAGAACUCACACAGGAGAGAAAACCUUUCAAUGUCCUGAUUGUGGAAAAAGUUUUAGUCAUCAUUCCAGCCUGGUGUCACACCAAAGGACUCACACAGGAGAGAAACCCUUUGAGUGUCCUGAUUGUAGUAAAAGUUUUAGCCACAAUUCCACCCUCGUGAAACACCAGAGGACUCACACAGGAGAGAAACCGUUUGAAUGUCCUGAUUGUGGGAAAAGUUUUAGUCGGAUUUCCAGCCUGGUGACACACCAAAGGACUCACACAGGAGAGAAACCCUUUGAGUGUCCUGAUUGUGGAAAAAGUUUUAGUCAUCAUUCCAGCCUGGUGACACACCAAAGUACUCACACAGGAGAGAAACACUUUGAGUGUCCUGAUUGUGGUAAAGGUUUUAGUCACAAUUCCAGCCUGGUGAAACACCAGAGGACUCACACAGGAGAGAAACCCUUUAAAUGUCCUGAUUGUGGGAAAAGUUUUAGUCAGCAUUCCAGCCUGGUGACACACCAAGGGACUCACAGAGGAGAGAAACCCUUUGAGUGUCCUGAUUGUGGUAAAAGUUUUAGUCAGAAUUCCAGCCUGGUGAAACACCAGAGAACUCACACAGGAGAGAAACCCUUUAAAUGUCCUGAUUGUAGGAAAAGUUUCAGUACCAAUUCUAGCCUGGUGACACACCAAAGGACUCACACAGGAGAGAAGCCCUUUGAGUGUCCUGAUUGUGGGAAAAGUUUCAGUACCAAUUCCAGCCUGGUGAUACACAGGAGGACUCACACAGGAGAGAAACCCUUUAAAUGUCCUGAUUGUGGAAAAAGCUUCAGUAACAAUUCUAACCUGGUGAUACACAGGAGGACUCAUACAGGAGAGAAACCCUUUAAAUGUCCUGAUUGUGGAAAAAGCUUCAGUAACAAUUCUAACCUGGUGAUACACAGGAGGACUCACACAGGAGAGAAACCCUUUAAAUGUCCUGAUUGUGGAAAAAGUUUCAGUACCAAUUCCAUCCUGGUGAUACACCAAAGGACUCACACAGGAGAGAAACCAUAUGAGUGUCCAGACUGUGGGAAAGAUUUCAGUAUUUGGACUAGCCUUCUAAAUCAUAUGCUUAUACACACAGGGGAGAAACCAUUUGAGUGUCCCGAAUGUGGAUGGUGCUUCAGGAAAAAUUCCACCCUUAUUGCACACAAGAAAAUCCACAUGAGGCCCCAAACUGGAGAAAAGCCAUAUGAAUACUCUGAAUGUAGCAAAACCUUUGGUCACAACAACUCCAUUUUGUUUCAUGGAAGGACCCACACAGGACAGAAGCCCUAUGAAUGUCCUGAAUGUGGGAAAUGUUUCUGUGAUAAAUCCAGCCUGGUUACACACCAGAGAACUCACGCAGGAGAGAAACCAUUUGAGUGUCCUGAUUGUGGGAAAUGUUUCUGUGAUAAAUCACACCUUGUUGCACACCAGAGAACUCACACAGGAGAGAAACCGUUUGAAUGUCCCGAUUGCGGGAAUAGUUUCAGUAAGCAUUCCAACCUGGUGAGACACCAAAGGACUCACACAGGAGAGAAACCCUUUCAAUGUUCUGAUUGUGGGAAAAGUUUUAGACAGAAUUCCAUCCUGGUGACACACCAAAGGACUCACACAGGAGAGAAACCCUUUAAAUGUCCUGAUUGUGGUAAACGUUUUAGUCAGCUUUCCAGCCUGGUGAAACACCAGAGGACUCACACAGGAGAGAAACCCUUUGAGUGUCCUGAUUGUGGUAAAAGUUUUAGUCACUAUUCCAACCUGGUGACACACCAGAGGACUCACACAGGAGAGAAACCCUUUGAGUGUCCUGAUUGUGGGAAAAGUUUCAGUACCAAUUCCAGCCUAGUGACACACCAAAGGACUCACACAGGAGAGAAACCCUUUGAGUGUCCUGAUUGUGGUAAAAGUUUCAGUACCAAUUCCAGCCUAGUGACACACCAGAGAACUCACACAGGAGAGAAACCAUUUGAAUGUCCUGCUUGUGGGAAAAGAUUUAGUCGGAAUUCCAGCCUGGUGACACACCAAAGGACUCACACAGGAGAGAAACCCUUUGAGUGUCCUGAUUGUGGGAAAAGUUUCAGUACCAAUUCCAUACUGGUGACACACCAAAGGACUCACACAGGAGAGAAACCCUUUGAGUGUCCUGAUUGUGGUAAAAGUUUCAGUACCAAUUCCAGCCUAGUGACACACCAAAGGACUCACACAGGAGAGAAACCCUUUGAGUGUCCUGAUUGUGGUAAAAGUUUUAGUCACUAUUCCAACCUGGUGAAACACCAGAGGACUCACACAUGAGAGAAAUCCUUUGAGUGUCCUGAUUGUGGUAAAAGUUUUAGUAAGAAUUCCAACCUGUUGGCACAGCAGAGAACUCACACAGGAGAGAAACCAUAUGAGUAGAAACCUUUUGAAUGUCCUGAUUGUGGGAAAAGCUUCAGCAAGAAUUCCAACCUGGUGACACACCAGAGGACUCACACAGGAGAGAAACCAUUUGAAUGUCCUGAUUGUGGGAAACAUUUCAGUAUCAAAUCCAGUCUGGUGACACACCAGAGGACUCACACAGGAGAGAAACCCUUUGAGUGUCCUGAUUGUGGGAAAAGUUUCAGUAUGAAAUCCAGUCUGGUGACACACCAGAGCAUUCACACAGGAGAGAAACACUUUGAGUGUCCUGAUUGUGGGAAACGUUUCAGUACCAAACCCAGUCUGGUGACACACCAGAGGACUCACACAGGAGAGAAACCCUUUGAGUGUCCUGAUUGUGGGAAAAGUUUCAGUACCAAUUCCAGUCUGGUGACACACCAGAGGACUCACACAGGAGAGAAACCCUUUGAAUGUCAUGAUUGUGGGAAACGUUUCAGUACCAAAUUCAGGCUGGUGACACACCAGAGAUUUCACACAGGAGACAAACUCUUUGAAUGUCAGGAUUGUGGGAAACGUUUCAGUACCAAAUUCAGUCUGGUGACACACCAGAGGACUCACACAGGAGAGAAACCCUUUGAGUGUCCUGAUUGUGGUAAAAGUUUUACUCACAAUUUCACCCUGGAGAAACACCAGAGGACUCACACAGGAGAGAAACCCUUUAAAUGUUCUGAUUGUGGGAAAGGUUUCAGUACCAAUUUCAGCCUGGUGAUACACAGGAGGACUCACACAGGAGAGAAACCGUUUAAAUGUCCUGAUUGUGGGAAAAGCUUCACUAACAAUUCUAACCUGGUGGUACACAGGAGGAGUCACACAGGAGAGAAGCCCUUUGAGUGUCCUGAUUGUGGGAAAAGUUUUAGUCGGAUUUCCAGCCUCGUGACACACCAAAGGACUCACACAGGAGAGAAACCCUUUGAGUGUCCUGAUUGUGGGAAAAGUUUCAAUACCAAUUCCAGUCUGGUUGGACACCAGAAGGUUCACACAGGAGAGAAACCCUUUGAAUAUCCUGAUUGUGGUAAAAGUUUUAGUCACUAUUCCAGUCUGGUGACACACCAGAGGACUCACACAGGAGAGAAACUCUUUGAGUGUCCUGAUUGUGGGAAACGUUUCAGUACCAAACCCAGUCUGGUGACACACCAGAGGACUCACACAGGAGAGAAACCCUUUGAGUGUCCUGAUUGUGGGAAAAGUUUCAGUAUGAAAUCCAAUCUGGUGACACACCAGAGCAUUCACACAGGAGAGAAACCCUUUGAAUGUCCUGAUUGUGGGAAAUGUUUCAGUACCAAAUCCAGUCUGGUGACACACCAGAGCAUUCACACAGGAGAGAAACCCUUUGAGUGUCCUGAUUGUGGGAAACAUUUCAGUACCAAACCCAGUCUGGUGACACACCAGAGGACUCACACAGGAGAGAAACCCUUUGAGUGUCCUGAUUGUGGGAAAAGUUUCAGUACCAAUUCAAGUCUGGUGACACACCAGAGGACUCACACAGGAGAGAAACCCUUUGAAUGUCCUGAUUGUGGGAAAAGUUUCAGUAUGAAAUCCAGUCUGGUGACACACCAGAGCAUUCACACAGGAGAGAAACCCUUUGAGUGUUCUGAUUGUGGGAAAUGUUUCAGUACCAAAUUCAGGCUGGUGACACACCAGAGGACUCACACAGGAGAGAAACCCUUUGAAUGUCCUGAUUGUGGGAAAAGUUUCAGUACCAAUUCCAGUCUGGUGACACACCAGAGGACUCACACAGGAGAGAAAUCCUUUGAAUAUCCUGAUUGUGGGAAAAGUUUCAGUACCAAUUCCAGUCUGGUGACACACCAGAGGACUCACACAGGAGAGAAACCCUUUGAAUAUCCUGAUUGUGGUAAAAGUUUUAGUCACUAUUCCAGCAUGGUGACACACCAAAGUACUCACACAGGAGAGAAACCCUUUGAGUGUCCUGAUUGUGGGAAAAGUUUCGAUACCAAUUACAGUCUGGUUAGACACCAGAGGGUUCACACAGGAGAGAAACCCUUUGAGUGUCCUGUUUGUGGGAAAUGUUUCAACACCAAUUCCAUGCUGGUGACACACCAGAGGGUUCACACAGGAGAGAAACCCUUUGAGUGUCCUGAUUGUGGGAAAAGUUUCAAUACCAAUUACAGUUUGGUUAGACACCAGAGGGUUCACACAGGAGAGAAACCCUUUGAGUGUCCUGAUUGUGGUAAAAGUUUUAGUGACAAUUCUGCCCUGUUGAAACACCAAAGGACUCACACAGGAGAGAAACCCUUUGAGUGUCCUGAUUGUGGUAAAAGUUUUAGUGACAAUUCCGCCCUGGUGAAACACCAAAGGACUCACACAGGAGAGAAACCCUUUAAGUGUCCUGAUUGUGGGAAAAGUUUCAAUACCAAUUCCAUGCUGGUGACACACGAGAGGGUUCACACAGGAGAGAAACCCUUUGAGUGUCCUGAUUGUGGGAAAAGUUUCAAUACCAAUUCCAGUCUGGUUAGACACCAGAGGGUUCACACAGGAGAGAAACCCUUUGAGUGUCCUGAUUGUGGUAAAAGUUUUAGUGACAAUUCUAACCUGGUGAUACACCAGAGGACUCACACAGGAGAGAAACCCUUUGAGUGUCCUGAUUGUGGGAAAAGUUUCAGUUGGAAUUCCAUCCUGGUGAGACACCAGAUGACUCACAAAGGAGAGAAACCCUUUGAAUGUCCUGAAUGUGGGAAAUGUUUCUGUGAUAAAUCCAAACUGGUUAGACACCAGAGAACUCACAGUGGAGAGAAACCAUUUGAAUGUCCUGAUUGUGGGAACUGUUUUAGUCAGAGAGGCAUCCUGGUGAGACACCAGAGGACUCACACAGGAGAGAAACCCUUUGAGUGUCCUGAUUGUGGUAAAAGUUUUAGUCAUAAUUUCACCCUGGUGAAACACCAGAGGACUCACACAGGAGAGAAACCUUUUAAAUGUCCUGAUUGUGGGGAAAGUUUUAGUCAGUUUUCUAGCCUGGUGUCACACAAGAGAACUCACACAGGAGAGAAACCCUUUGAGUGUCCUGAUUGUGGGAAAAGCUUCAGUACCAAUUCCAACCUUUUGAUGCACCGGAGUACUCACACAGGGGAGAAACCCUUUAAAUGUCCUGAUUGUGGUAAAAGUUUUAGUCAGAAUUCCAUCCUGAUGACACACCAGAGGACUCACACAGGAGAGAAACCCUUUCAAUGUCCUGAUUGUGGGAAAAGUUUCAGUUGGAAUUCCAGCCUGAUGAGACACCAGAGGACUCACACAGGAGAGAAACCCUUUGAAUGUCCUGAUUGUGGGAAAAGUUUCAGUAACAAUUCCAACCUGGUGACACACCAGAGAACUCACACAGGAGAAAAACCCUUUGAAUGUCCUCAUUGCGGAAAAAGUUUCAGUCAGAAUUCCAGCCUGGUGAAACACCAGAGAACUCACACAGGAGAGAAACCAUAUGAGUGUCCAGAAUGUGGGAAAGAUUUCACUAUUAGGACUGGCCUUCUAAAUCAUAUGCUUAUACACAUAGGGGAGAAACCAUUUGAGUGCCCCGAAUGUGGAUGGUGCUUCAGGAGAAAAUCCACCCUUAUUGCACACAAGAAAAUCCACACGGGAGAGAAACUGUUUCAAUGUCCUGAUUGUGGGAAAUGUUUCAGUCAAAAUUCCAAAUUCGUGAGACACCAGAGAACUCACACAGGAGAAAAACCCUUUGAAUGUCAUCAUUGCGGAAAAAGUUUCAGUCGGAACUCUAGCCUGGUGGCACACCAAAGAACUCACACAGGAGAAAAACCCUUUGAAUGUUCUGAUUGCGGGAAAAGUUUCAGUCAGAAUAUCACCCUGGUGACGCACAGGAGAACUCACACAGGAGAAAAACCCUUUGAAUGUUCUGAUUGCGGAAAAAGUUUCAGUCAGAAUUCCAGCCUGGUGAAACACCAGAGAACUCACACAGGAGAAAAACCCUUUGAAUGUUCUGAUUGCGGGAAAAGUUUCAGUCAGAACUCCACCCUGGUGAAACACCAGAGAACUCACACAGGAGAAAAACCCUUUGAAUGCCCUAAUUGCAGAAAAAGUUUCAGUCAGAACUCCAGCCUGGUGGCACACCAGAGAACUCACACAGGAGAAAAACCCUUUGAAUGUUCUGAUUGCGGAAAAAGUUUCAGUCAGAAUUCCAACCUGGUGACACACCAGAGAACUCAUACAGGAGAGAAACCAUAUGAGUGUCCAGACUGUGGGAAAGAUCUCAGUAGUAUGACUAGCCUUCUAAAUCAUAUGCUUAUACACACAGGGGAGAAACCAUUUGAGUGUCCUGACUGUGGGAAAUGUUUCAGUCAGAAUUCCCAACUGAUUAAACAUCAGAGUGCUCACACAAGAGAGAAACCGUUUGAAUGUCCUAAUUGUGGGAAAAGCUUCACUCAGAAUUCCAGCCUGGUGACACACCAGUGGAUUCACACAGGAGAAAAACCCUUUGAAUGUACUAAUUGCAGAAAAAGUUUCAGUCGGAACUCCAGCCUGGUGGCACACCAGAGAACUCACAUAGGAGAAAAACCCUUUGAAUGUUCUGAUUGCGGGAAAAGUUUCAGUCAGAAUUCCACCCUGGUGAAACACCAGAGAACUCACACAGGAGAAAAACCCUUUGAAUGUCCUGAUUGUGGAAAAAGUUUCAGUCAGAACUCCAGCCUGGUGGCACACCAGAGAACUCACACAGGAGAAAAACCCUUUGAAUGUUCUGAUUGCGGGAAAAGUUUCAGUCAGAAUUCCACCCUGGUGACACACCAGAGAACUCACACAGGAGAGAAACCAUAUGAGUGUCCAGACUGUGGGAAAGAGCUCAGCAGUAUGACUAGCCUUCUAAAUCAUAUGCUUAUACACACUGGAGAGAAACCCUUUGAAUGUCCUGAUUGUGGGAAAGGUUACAGUCAGAAUUCAAACCUGGUGACACACCAGAGAACUCACACAGGAGAAAAACCCUUUGAAUGUUCCGAUUUUCGGAAACGUUUCAGUACCAAUUCCAGCCUGGUGUCACACCUGAUUAUGCCUGAGAGGAUCCAGACUGGAGAAAAGCCAUACAAGUGCUCCCAUUGCGGUAAAUGCUUUAGCAUGGCAACAUGGACUCACACCAAAGAGAAACCCUUUGAAUGUCCUGAUUGUGGGAAAAGCUUCAGUAAUAAUUCCAGCCUGGUGACACGUCAGAGGACUCACACAGGAGAGAAACCCUUUGAGUGUCCUGAUUGUGGGAAAAGCUUCAGUCAAAAUUCUCAUCUCGUUUCACACCAGAGCAUUCACACAGGAGAGAAACCAUUUGGGUGUCCUGAUUGUGAGAAAUGUUUCAGUGAGAAUUCUAGUCUUGUUAAACACCAGAGGACUCACACAGGAGAAAAACCGUUUGAAUGUCCUGAUUGUGGGAAAAGCUUCAGUAACAAUUCCAGCCUGGUGACACAUCAGAGGACUCACACAGGAGAGAAACCCUUUGAAUGUCCUGAUUGUGGGAAAAGUUUCAAUACCAAUUCCUGGCUGGUGAUACACCAGUGGGUUCACACAGGACAGAAACCCUUUGAGUGUCCUGAUUGUGAGAAAUGUUUCAGUGAGAAUUCCAGUCUGGUUAGACACCAGAGGACUCACACAGGAGAGAAACCCUUUGAGUGUCCUGAUUGUGGGAAAAGUUUCAGUCAGAAUUCUAAUCUGGUUAGACACCAGAGCAUUCACACAGGAGAGAAACCCUUUGAGUGUCCUGAUUGUGAGAAAUGUUUCAGUGAGAAUUCCAGUCUGGUUAGACACCAGAGGACUCACACAGGAGAGAAGCCCUUUGAGUGUCCUGAUUGUGGGAAAAGCUUCAGUCAAAAUUCUCAUCUCGUUUCACACCAGAGCAUUCACACAGGAGACAAACCCUUUGGGUGUCCUGAUUGUGAGAAAUGUUUCAGUCAGAAUUCCAAUCUUGUUAAACACCAGAGGACUCACACAAGAGAGAAACCCUUUGAAUGUCUUGAUUGUGGGAAAAGUUUCAAUACCAAUUCCUGGCUGGUGAUACACCAGAGGGUUCACAUAGGACAGAAAUCCUUUGAGUGUCCUGAUUGUGAGAAAUGUUUCAGUGAGAAUUCCAGUCUGGUUAGACACCAGAGGACUCACACAGGAGAGAAACCCUUUGAGUGUCCUGAUUGUGAGAAAUGUUUCAGUGAGAAUUCCAGUCUGGUUAGACACCAGAGGACUCACACAGGAGAGAAACCCUUUGAGUGUCCUGAUUGUGGGAAAAGCUUCAGUCAAAAUUCUCAUCUCGUUUCACACCAGAGGACUCACACAGGAGAGAAACCCUUUGAGUGUCCUGAUUGUGGGAAAAGUUUCAGUCAGAAUUCUAGUCUGGUUAAACACCAGAGGACUCACACAGGAGAGAAACCCUUUGAGUGUCCUGAUUGUGGGAAAAGUUUCAGUCAGAAUUCUAGUCUGGUUAAACACCAGAGGACUCACACAGGGGAGAAACCCUUUGAAUGUCCUGAUUGUGGGAAAAGCUUCACGGCUCCGUCAGAUCUUGUUGUACACACCAGGACCCACACUGGGGAGAAGCCGUAUGUCUGCUCCGAUUGUGGGAAGAGUUUCAUUUCAAGUUGCCAGCUGAGGAAGCACGAGAGAGUUCACACUGGGGAGAAACCAUACCAGUGCACAGAGUGCGGGAAAUGCUUCUCUUACAGUUCACAUCUCACCACACACAAACGGAUACACACGGGCGAGAAACCUUACCAGUGCCUGGAUUGUGGGAAAUGUUUCAUUUCUAGUUCUCACUUCGCCACCCAUAAAAGGACACAUACUGGUGAGAAGCCCCACCAGUGUACCUUCUGCGGGAACAGUUUCAUUCAGCGAUCGCAGCUUGCCAAACAUGAGAGGUCGCAUACGGGAGAGAAGCCCUUCAUCUGUUCCGAGUGCGGGCAGAGCUUCCGGUGGAGCCAAGGGCUCAAAAAGCACAUGCGGACUCACACUGGUGAGAAGCCAUAUGGGUGCUCCGUAUGCGAGAAAACGUUCUCAAGUUCCUUUAACCUGUCCAGGCAUCAGAAAAUCCAUGCGAAGAAGAAGCUAUAAUAGGGCACUUUUAGACAAAAGAUGGUAGGGAGAUGGGAAUAGCUUGAUACAGGUAGUCCUCAUUCGAAGUGACAAUCGAAAAAGGGGAUUUAUAAACUGGAUUCGCAAGGUCAUGUAACAGAAAUUUCGGGUAUUUGGCAACAGAGCUAUUUGCAGUAUCCAAUGGUUACCUGGCCAUUUUGUAAUGGUUGUUGCAGAAAACCAGCACUUGGCAAAACUGCACCCAUUGUAAACAAUCAGUUUGCUUAAGAACCAUGGUGUUUACAUAACAACGGCAGAUUUUGCUUAAUAAAUGUGGUUAUUCUCUUAACGACCACUGUGAAAGGGUUCAUAAUAUUGGGUUGGUAAAGUUCUGUGACUGUUGUGCCAUGACUGUAACAGACAGGCUCUGAGCCAUGGUGGCACAGUGGUUAGAAUGCAGUACUACAGGUUACCUGCUGAUUGCCUGCUGACUGCAGUUAGGCAAUUCGAUUCUCACUUAUUCAAGGUUGACUCAAUCUUCCAUUCUUCUGAGGUCGGUAAAAUGAGGACCAAGAUUGUUGGGGGUAAUAUGCUGACUCUGUAAACCGCUUAGAGGGGUCUGUAAAGCGGUAUAUAAGUCUUAAGUGCUAUUCCUACCGCUAGCAAUUCUACCCUCUACCACGCUCUAGACUUUGCAAGAAUGAAGAUGGAAAGAUAAUAUCUCCUAUCGAGAUCCGAUUCGGAAGCAUUACUGGUUCAUAAAUAAAACAUCUUGCUUCAUGGAGUUGCGAGUGCUCUUUCGCUGGAGGUUUUCAAGAAAAGAUUAGACAACCAUUUAUCCGGAAUGAUAAAAGGACUCCUGCCUUGGGCAGGGGGUUGGGCUAGAAGACCUCCAAGGUGCCUUCCAGCCAUACAAUUCUGUGACAUUUGGAGGUAUUGUUCUACAUUGCAUUACUCUGAUAUUGGAUGAUGCUCACAAUCCUUUUGGGGCUGUGCACACACAAAGAAGACCUUCAUAAACCUUUACGAAGCACAACUCGUCCCUAAUCUUGAGAAGCUAAGUAGGAUCAAGCUUCACUCUUCAAGCUUUGCUCAGUUGCAAAGAUAGGUUGUGAGGACAUUAUCCUGCAUGAUGUAAUCUAAGCUGUGAUUGGUUGCUGUGAGUGUAAAGGGGGAGUUUCCAAAGAUAGGUUGUGAGGACGUUAUCCUGCAUGAUGUAAUCUAAGCUGUGAUUGGUUGCUGUGAGUGUAAAGGGGGAGUUUCCUUGUUUCCCGCCUUUUUUUCCUCCUGUGUGCUCUGUAAUUUACCUCAUGAUGUUCCUGCUAUAUUGAUUUACCUCACGAUGCUCUUGUUUGGCCGACUAUCUUGUUUGCUCUAAAUAUAAUUGUUUAUAUAAGA